GAGAGGGAGGAGGGGGAGAGAUGGCGGCGGGGGGGCAGGAGGUGCUGGUGCAGUGCCCUGUGUGUCAGAGGGGAAUGCAGAGCCUGAGGAUCAAUGCUCACCUCGACCACUGCCUGGGGCGGCCCGAGCCCGAGCCCGGGGCCGGGGCCUACAGCAGCAGCAGCAGCAGUAGCGAGGAGACGCCCAGCAAGAGACGGCGCCUGUCCCCGGGGCCGCAGAGACAGAGAGAGGGAGAGGGACAGAGAGAGGGACAGAGACAGACUGUGGGUCAGAGCCUGAGCCAAACACAGAUCCCAAACCAAACACAGAUCCCAAGCAGAGCCCCAAACCAGACGCAGACCCCGACCCAACGUCUCUUGUCUCUGGGAGAUCUUGAGACCAAGCCUCUGGCGGAGCUCAUGAGACCCAGUGUCUUAGAAGCGUUGGUCGGUCAACAUAAAGCCUUGGGAGAGAACACUCUCUUGAGGACUCUGCUAGAAUCGCAUGAGAUCCCAUCUUUAAUUUUGUGGGGUCCACCGGGAUGUGGUAAGACUUCACUUGCCCAUAUUCUUGCCCAAAACAGCAAAAAGCACAACAGCACACGAUUUGUCAGUCUUUCAGCGAUUAAUGCAAACACUAACAACAUUCGAGAGAUGAUAAAGCAAGCUCAAAAUGAGCGCCGGCAUUUCAAGAGGAAAACCAUUGUGUUUUUUGACGAGAUUCACCGCUUUAAUAAGUUACAACAGGUAAAGGACACUUUUCUGCCUCACGUCGAGUGCGGCACACUCACACUGAUUGGUGCCACCACAGAGAACCCUUCCUUUCAGAUCAAUGCGGCACUGUUGAGUCGUUGCCGUGUCAUCGUUCUUGAGAAGCUGUCAGUGGAAGCAAUGGAAAGUAUUCUGCUUCGUGCUGCAAGCUCCCUUGGGAUCAGUGUUUUAGCCCAGGAUAAAGAAGCUGGCUCAGUGGGGGGCAGCAAAGAGUCUGAUCCGUGCAUUUGUAUUGAACCUGAAGCUAUUCGUACCAUUGCGUACCUGUGCGAUGGAGACGCGAGGACUGCAUUAAAUGGACUGCAUCUUGCGAUUCAAGGAAAACUCGCAGUUGCAAAAAAGCCACAGUGUGACAAACAGCAAAAUACCUUAUCAAAAAGGAUAGUGAUUCAGGAAGUGGACAUAAAGGAAGGACUGCAGCGGUCACAUAUAUUAUAUGAUCGAGCAGGUGAAGAACACUAUAAUUGUAUCUCGGCCCUUCACAAGACCAUGCGAGCCUCAGACGAGUCGACUGCCCUUUAUUGGUUAGCGAGAAUGUUAGAAGGUGGUGAGGACCCGCUCUAUGUGGCACGGAGACUGGUGAGGUUUGCCAGUGAAGAUGUAGGACUGGCAGACCCUUUGGCCUUGACUCAGGCGGUUUCUGCUUUCCAAGGCUGCCAUUUAAUUGGGAUGCCUGAAUGCGAGGUUAUUUUAGCACAGUGUGUAAUGUACCUCGCCAGAGCUCCGAAGUCUGUGGAGGUAUGCGUGGCUUAUGGAGCUGUUAAAGACUCGGUGAGGAAUCACAAGGGUCCACUGCCUUGUGUCCCCCUGCACCUAAGAAAUGCUCCGACCAAACUUAUGAAGGAUCUUGGCUAUGGGAAAGGUUAUAUACAUCCUGGUUUCAGUAAACAAGAGGAGGAACAUGGUUAAACUAAACAAUAGGCUGUAUGUAUCAUGCAGUCCAAUUCAAGCAAUACUUCUCCCAAUUCUUAAUUCUGUCAAAAAUAAAACAAGAUUCAGAAGUGGGGGGACAAAGAUGGAACCGCUGAUGAUUCCCCACCUGAUAUUCAUAUCUUAAUUUAAUUCUCAGUAUUUUCUGGCAGUACCAUCUGUACCAACUUGAGCAGGUUGGUGAAAGAAGAUAAACACAGAAUGUGAUUAAUAAGAGUGAGUGAAAGUGUGUAAACUAAAAUAUUUGACUGGAUUUAUGUUGGUAACUGAGUGAUUCUAGUGGAUUGUAUUAAAUCUCCAGCAUUUAAACACCAUCAUGUUUUUUGGACCACUCACAAACCACUCAAAAGAGAUUAAUAGUCUUCUCGAAAUUAGACCAAUCAUCAUACACCACAGCCGGAUUGGUGCUGUUUAAUGCAGUUGAUAACCUCUCAGUCUCUUCAAUAGACCUUUCCAGGUUCAAGUCCCACCUCAGAUGGCAGCUUGUGGUCCAGACCAAUGUGCAGUGUAGUGCUGGGGGAGCAUUACAUUGUCACAGCUGCCACCUUUCAAAUGAGACAAUAAACCAAGGUUGUGUCUGCCUGUCAAAGUGAAUGUUGAAGAUCCCAAUUGCACUAUUUGGAAAAUGGUGUCCUGGCCAACAAUCCUCCAGAUAAAUUGGUCAUUCACCUCUUGGCUGUUUGUAGGACCUUGUUGUGCAUAAAUUGCUGCUGCAUUUACAAAAUAAUAGUCACUAUACUUCACAGUAAUUUCUUAUAAAGGGCUUUGAGGCUUUUAGACUUGAGUUGCUAUAAUGCAGUAUUAUUUAUAGGUAUCUGUAUUAAGUCUCAGGUUUACUUCUGAGUUCAGUUUGAUGUACUGUGGGACAAAUUUUCAGCCUAACAGGAUAGAUGCGAAUGAAGACAGAUAAGGAGACUUGAGAGGAAAAAACAAAGACUAUGUGGUUCAGUGACUGAUUUAAAAUUAUAACUCAUUAGUCAGUAAGUUCACACCCAGGUUAAAUUUCUGUUUUGAUGUGGUUAGGACAUGCUGUCCUUUCAUCGCUUGAGUCUUUGGUUUGAAUCCAUCUCAGACUGACUGGAUGAAUUUAUAUUGCAAUUUCAAAUCUGUAUCACGUAACUAAGUAAAUAAUAGCAUGAAAUUGCUGCUUGGAUAUAAUAAUGUUAAUACUCUGUGUCCAUACUGCAUCUGGGAAUUGUAUGCUGAUAUUUCCCAAAGUGGGGGAAAAAUUCCUUUCAAUAAAAUUAAUGCCUUUCACCUUGAUAGAUGCAGAAAUCCAUCCCCCACUCACCACUCAUAAGCUCCAGUUUGUUUAGGUCCUGUUACCUUUUGGCCAUUCACUCUUCAACUAUUUGAAAGACAAUGUCAGGAGUCCUGUAGCUCAGUGGUUAGAGCACUCGCUUUG